AUGCUACACAAAUAUUUGAAAGAGUUACAUCAAAAAAAUCAAUAUCUAGCAAUUUAUUAAAAGCUUAUUUUGGAAAUGAGCUUUUUACUGAAAUUCAUUCCUUAUUAAAUAAUUUGGAAAAACUUAGAUACCUUGUUAACAAG